UGGGGGCAAUCAUGGUGCCGCUGGGGAGGGGAGAAGCUGCUGCCGCCGCUGUUGCCGGGAGCCGCGGAGAAAGGUCGUUACCUUUCCAUUUCUCACAAUUGGGCUGAGCACGAUUGCAUCAUGGGGGAACACAGUCCAGACGACAACAUCAUCUUCUUUGAGGCAGAGGAAGAUGACAAGAUGCUCAGGUUUGUGGAUACAAACGGACUGGUGCCUUCUUCAUCUGGAACUGUUUAUGAUAGGACCACGGUUCUUAUUGAGCAGGAUCCUGGCACUUUGGAGGAUGAAGAUGAUGAUGGACAAUGUGGAGAACACUUGCCUUUUCUAGUAGGGGGUGAAGAGGGCUUCCACCUAAUAGAUCAGGAAGCAAUGUCCCAGGGUUAUGUGCAACACAUUAUUUCACCUGAUCAGAUUCAUUUGACUAUAAACCCUGGUUCCACACCCAUGCCAAGAAAUAUCGAAGGUGCAACUCUUACUCUGCAGUCGGAAUGUCCAGAAACAAAACGUAAAGAAGUAAAGCGGUACCAGUGCACCUUUGAGGGCUGUCCCCGCACCUACAGCACAGCAGGCAACCUGCGCACCCACCAGAAGACUCACCGAGGAGAGUAUACCUUCGUCUGUAAUCAGGAGGGCUGUGGCAAGGCCUUCCUCACUUCUUACAGCCUCAGGAUCCAUGUGCGUGUGCACACGAAAGAGAAGCCAUUUGAGUGUGAUGUGCAGGGCUGUGAAAAGGCGUUCAACACGCUCUACAGGCUGAAAGCACAUCAGAGGCUUCACACAGGGAAGACGUUUAACUGUGAAUCUGAAGGCUGCAGCAAAUACUUCACCACACUCAGUGAUCUGAGGAAGCACAUUCGAACCCACACAGGAGAAAAGCCAUUUCGCUGUGAUCACGAUGGCUGUGGAAAAGCGUUUGCAGCAAGCCACCACCUUAAAACGCACGUCCGCACACAUACUGGUGAAAGACCCUUCUUCUGCCCCAGCAAUGGCUGUGAGAAAACAUUCAGCACUCAGUACAGUCUCAAAAGUCACAUGAAAGGUCAUGAUAACAAAGGCCACUCGUACAGUGCACUUCCACAACACAAUGGAUCAGAGGAUACAAAUCACUCACUUUAUCUGAGUGACUUGCACCUUCUGUCUGCAGAUUCGGAAUUGGGAGAAAAUUCUAAUACAACACAGGGCCAGGACCUCAGCACAAUUUCACCAGCAGUCAUCUUUGAAUCAAUGUUCCAGGAUUCAGAUGAUACAGCAAUUCAGGAAGAUCCUCAGCAGACAGCUGCCUUGAUUGAAAGUUUUAAUGGUGAUGCAGAGUCAGUCAGUGAUGCCCCGCCACCCACAGGAAAUUCAGCAUCUUUAUCUCUCCCGCUUGUACUGCAGCCUGGCAUCUCCGAGCCACCCCAGCCUCUACUACCAGCCUCAGCUCCUUCCGCUCCUCCACCUGCUCCCUCCCUAGGACCUGGUUCCCAGCAAGCUGCAUUUGGCAACCCCCCUGCUCUCUUACAACCUCCAGAAGUGCCUGUUCUCCACAGCACACAGUUUGCUGCUAAUCAUCAAGAGUUUCUUCCGCACCCCCAGGCACCGCAGCCCAUCGUACCAGGACUUUCUGUUGUUGCUGGGGCUUCUGCAUCAGCAGCAGCAGUGACAUCGGCCAUGGCAGCACCUGCCCCACCACAGAGUACUACUGAGCCCCUGCCAGCCAUGGUCCAGACUCUGCCGCUGGGUGCCAACUCUGUCCUAACUAACAAUCCCACUAUAACCAUUACCCCGACUCCCAACACGGCUAUCCUGGGGUCCGGCUUAGUCAUGGGAGAACAGAACUUACAAUGGAUAUUAAAUGGUGCCACCAGUUCACCACAAAACCAAGAACAAACUCAGCAAGCAUCGAAAGUUGAGAAGGUGAUUUUUACCACAGCAGUACCAGUAGCCAGUAGCACAGGGAGCUCUGUCCAGCAAAUUGGCCUCAGUGUUCCUGUGAUCAUCAUCAAACAAGAGGAGGCAUGUCAGUGUCAGUGUGCGUGCCGGGACUCGGCCAAGUAGUGGGCGGCUGGUGGAGAAAGGGCUGUUCUUCCCCACCCCCUCCAGAGCCAAGCCCCCCGUCUGCUGGUGAGCCCAAGCUGCAGCUACCACCCUAGACUUUGUCCUCACCCCUGUUCCCUUGGCAUCAUCCUCCACCGGACCCUCUUCCUGUGGGCAAAGCAGACAGGCCGAGGCUCCAUCAGACUCUCAGACAAAUGUUAAGUGCCAUGGAUGUGUCAGAACUCCUGCCCUCCAGAGCCUAGACACCCCGUCUUGAUUCCCACUGAAGCACUGCUGCAGGGGGAGGAGGAGAUGGGCCUGAGGCGGCUUCGGCAGGUGAAGGGCCCGUGUGCGCUCGUCUCCAGGAAGAGGGCAAGCAGGAAGCAGGGGGCACGAUGCCUUCCAUCAUGGGGGCAGAAAUUGGAAGGAUGAAGAAAUUCGCUGUUUGAAAGGCUCACCUUCCAGACAUAUUUUCUUUAGUCACAUCCCAGGAACAUCCAUUUUAAGGAACUGAUCUUUGGAAAAAAACAAAAAACCAACAAAAAAAAGCUAAGUUAUAAAUGAACUGUUUGGCUGCACUGUAUGUCACUUUCACUUAUUGUCAUAUGAAUUUGGAAAUUAAGGUUACUCGUAUGCAUAAAAUUUCUAAAUGAAAGGGUGUGGUUUCCAUCAAUCUAGUACUGCCCAUCACUUGCACUGGAGUCUUUGUGGAUUGGGCAGCAGAGGUCAUUGUGUCAGGUUGUGCUCCUCCCUGUGUGUCUUUGAAUCUGAGGCUGACAUUUGCCCAAAGGCCAGACUCUCACUCUAUCCAAGUGGGUGAAACAGCUGAAUCGGACAGGGUUUGGGUGAGAUGGCUUUGUUGUUUGUACUUGGUGUUGGUAGAGCUCAGGUUGAUCUGCAGCUGUCCUGUAGCCCACUCUGCACAGACGGCAGCUCAAAGCCUGGCCCACCAGAUGUGGGAACAGUCUGGUUGUGUGGGGGCCCCAGGUAGGUGUUGACUGUUGUCUGUUGGUGGUGUGUGUGCAGAGCAGGCUCUAGCACAGUGACGGCGAACCUGUUAGAGCUUGCAGUGGUAACAGAGGGUUGGCUGCAGCAUGUGCCGUAGGUUUUACCACCAGCACUCUAGCAGCACAUCACAGCCUUUGCCUCUUUGCUUCUCUGAGCUGCUUGCCAGAGCUUGCAGGUCACAGUGAGCUUUCCUUGAGGAACAUCUCUGUUUUGUCCUAGAGUGAACAUGUGGCUGAGGGCCACUUUCUAGCCUGUGGUCUGCCUUCCUUUGAAUGCAGUUUUCUUCAGAGCAGAAGGGCUAAAUCGUGCUUGUUCGUAGAAGGGGCAGAUUGAAGGGAACUUGUAGGAGGUGGCGGAUAAUGGGCAGCCCAGGUGUUCUGGUUCUAGGUUCUAGCCAGACUUUGGUUGCCUUUUCCAUCUCCACCCUUCUGGAUUUUGCAUACAGCCUAGUACAGUGCAAACAUUGUGACUUGCUCAACUUAGUUAUGUGAUUUCUAAAUAAAAAAGAACAAAAAAAAACAAAAACAAAAAAACAAAAAACGAUGAUCUUCUACUCAGGGUAAAACAAAAAAAUUCCCCUUCCACCAAAAAGCCUGAAAUGUUGCAAUAAGUUGUCUCAUUUGGAAUGUUUCAUUAAGUUGUGUUAUAGGAAAGUGAGUGAGAGAGAGAGAGAGAGAGAGAGAGAGAGAGUGUGUGUGUGUGUGUGUGUGUGUGUGUAGAAUUAUAUCCAUCUGUCUGCCUUUGGCUCCAAGUCAUUGCCUCAGAAAAUGUAAAAUACAGUGCACACUAGAAUUGAAAGUUUCCCUCACCUGGCUACUUAAUGUAGUCAUGAGGGCACACCAAGCUCAGAAACUAGGCAUGGUUCAAUGAGGAACAGGCCUCCCUCUCAAGAACUCUUUCCUUACCUCCAGCAAGGAGCAAAUUUCCAUAAACAAGGGAGUGAGAGCCAGCCAGUGAGAGAUCCACACUGGUCCCUUUCCUGCUCUGAGCUUACCUUGGAGGCAUAUCACUCACCUUGGAGCCAGAGACCCUGCCUUUAGCAAGGAUGUACAGGGACAAGCUUGGACAAGAGGGUCGUUUUGGUAAUGCUGUUACUGCCAUGAGGAGAAAUGGGCUUAAAUUCAAGCAGCUGAUUUGUCAUUCCAGAAGUUUAGACAGAACUGAUUUUUUUUCUUUUUAUUGAGUUUAUUGGUAUAAUCUAGGUGUACAAUACAGUUAC